GACUGACUCUUUCUUGCUUGAGUGUCUUGAAUGUGACAUGGCGUCCAUCAAGAUAUUACACGGCCUUCUGUAAAACUGUUUUUAAUGACAGUGGUUUCAUUUGGCAUUUUAUUACUGAGGCCGUAUUAAAUCGUACAUUUGCAUUGAUGGUAAUGCAUGCAAGGAAACCGCAGCGAAUAAGUGAUGGGUACUUUGAGAAGCAUCAGUCCCAUCCGUAUCAGAAAUACAAUUCAAAAAGUGAAAGAAGAGCAGCCAAUGAUUAUGUCUCUUCUGAAAACCGAUACACUCCUCUUCGAUCCCCUAAUGGUAAUGUGUCCGCACAUGGUCACAACACACACUCCAGUCAAUCAGGCCACGGACACCACCACUACAGUCAUGUGGCUGAUGACAGAGGAUAUCCAUCAUCCAGGAAUGUUUACCUACAGAAGGGUUCUGAAAAGGAGAGAGAUAGAGACUACAAAUCCUCUAGAAAUAAGUAUACAGAUAGUGUCAGAUCACCGAAGGAACGUAGCAAAGACAGUGAGAGAGAGAGAAGUAAUCAUGAACGAAAUGAACCAGAUAAAAAGAAUAGGACUAGUGGCAUGAACAUUAGUGUUAGUAGGAGUAGUAAAUAUGAGAAGAGAAGUGCACCUUCAGCAAGUGUUUCUGGCCGUGAAUGGUCAGAGCAUAUUAGUUCAUCAGGGAAGAAGUAUUAUUAUAACUGUAUCAGUGAAGUGUCACAGUGGGAAAAGCCUAGAGAAUGGGACUCCAGGAGAACGUCAUCCAAAGAUUCAACAUAUUCAUCAAGAAGCAGUCGAGAUAAGAGAUCAAGUUCAAGAUCAGGCAGAAGAGAAGCUGAAAAAUCUAGUAAAAGAACGAAUAGUGCUUCGGAGAGAUACUGGAAUAGCAGUAGAGACGAAGAAGUGCACGAUCGAUCUAGACCAAAACAUUCGGCGACUCCGCACGAUGGAAAAGAUGGACAAUCAUUACAAGAUAUGGACAUCUCCCCGGACAGGAGUACGCCGCUCUCUGAGAAUUCGUAUGGAGCCAGAGAUACAAAUUCAUCCGUACGGAAUAAUGCAGAGAACAAUUCGGUUCCGCCUGUUGUUGUACUUGAUAACUCAAAUCAGCCGAGUGGCUCGUUACUAGCAGCGGCUUUACCCCGAAUUGUUGCGGUACAGCCACAGGUGACGUUACCACCCGUCAAUAACAAUGGCGCGACGGUUUCGCCAAUUUGUGAUGGUACUCGCAGUGGUUCGGGAACGCCACACCGCGACCCUGGGCCACCGACGCCGACACACUCUGAAAAUAUAGAUCCUCAUGCGCCACCACUACACCUAGAUACAGCGUUACCUAGAAAAAUGGAAUGUCUAGGAAGUUAUUCACAAGUGGUGGGUGGCGCACUUCAUCAUGCACCGCCGAUGCUGACGCCGUCACUCAUCAAUUACGUGCGGGCGGAUUUAACGUCACAUGUUACUGGCUGGCCAGCAGAUAUUCUAGAAAAACAGUUUACUAUUCUGUACCAGGCUAACAAGUUCACUGAAGAAGCAUAUCAGCUAGGAUGCUUGCAAUGCACACGGGUAUCCGCCGAGCUGAAGUGUUCUCGGUCACUUGUCCGCCACACGGAAAUAAGGGCCACGUUACAGGAACAAAAAAUAAUGUACCUGCGGCAGCAGAUCUCACGGCUAGAGGAGCUCAAGUCGCAGAAUUCGUUCAUGUCAGAGGACUAGGAUUUGUGGCGGGGACGCCGCGUUCCCCCGCCGCUCUCCUCGCGCUGCCGCCUAAUACGCGCGCUGCAUUUCCCACCCUUCCGGGGGAAUUUUCACAUGUCAAUGCUAAACAUUGUUCAUUCCGUUCACUUUCUAUGUAAUUUAGAUCGAAUAAUUACUCCUGUGUUGUGUGAUUUGAUGUUAAACACACGUAAAAUACAAUCCACUAAAGCAUAGUAUAAACCACAAAAACGAUUGGUGGAAAUAUUGUUCAUUCCGUUCACUUUCUAAGUAAUUUAGAUCAAAUAAUUACUCUUGUAUUGUGUGGUUUGAUGUCAAACACACAUCAAUACUAAAAUCCAUUAAAACAUAGGAUAAAACUUUAAACAAUUCAUGUAUAUAAACUAAUGAUGAUGAGGGGAUGAAGUUACAGGCAAUUUUGAACCUUUCGGAGGAAUAGCCAACAUUUUCUCUGUUAACUUAUUAAUAAUAAUGAACGUGUCUCUUUGUUAUAGUAUUUACAGUUGUCAUUGUCAGUGGUUUGUUUGCAGUAGAGUUCCCAAGGUCGUAUGUACCUUAGCCUCCUCCAGAGGAAUGUGGUCCAGCAGAUGUUUUCGUUCUAUCCCCUCAGCCUGGCUGAUGAACCUCCAUGUCUAAGUGUUAGCUAUCAAAUUACUCAAUUAUAAUGAGUUAUUUAUUUGCACUGCAAAUAUAAGUGUAAACAAUGACGUUAGAAUCGCCAGGAUCUUUCAAUUUGAAUUAAAUGUACUUUAAAUAUUUCAAUGUGGUUCAAUAUUUCGGCUUCAACUUGAUUUAUGUCAAUAUGUGGAUUAAUCAAUAUAAUUAUGUAAUUAUAAUAGAAACGGAAGUAUGUUUUGAUGAAACUAUUGUUUAUGUAGAUAGGUUAAGUAGGUAUGACUGGACAUACGGCGCAGCACGCGUCGAGAAGCUGAGAUCAUAAUUGUAUUUCUUUCUUCCCAUAAAUUUAAUAAUAGAGAUGCGGACCAGUCGGAAAUAUAUUUAAUAGUCUUAUUAUUUGUCUUAUAUGUCUAUCUCAUUAUCCUAAACCAAUAACUAAUAAUUGAAAUUUAGAAAAAUAAUUAAGUUUGAUUUUUUUAUUAUUGUUACUAAGUAUCUGUCUAAAAACGUGACACAUUCAUUAGUUUGAAAUUUAUCAAGAGUGUGACUAUUUGAUUGCUGUUUUUUUGUCCGCUUCCCUAUUACAAAAUUUUUAAAACAUUUUAUAAACUUUGAAGUUAAAGUUUGCUUUCAGUAACCAAAAUCUUGAUACAAAUAAAAGUAGAAUAUUAUUAUUGUAUUAUUCGUUGGUUCAAUCUUAGAUUUAAUGAUUAUUUGUCAAUGUAAGGGUACUACAGACUUUUGUAAUGUGUUUACUGUAAAUUAAAUUAUUAAUUAAUGUAUUUGGUAGAGAAUGAUUUCAAUAGUUCACAUGCAUCAUCUUUACAAAAGUUGCGAUUAGUCGCUCCUUCACAAAUGAUUCGGUCUCAUUGCUCAUGCGUCUGUCGCAGACGAGGUAAUACUUGUCGCAGCUGCUGUUCAGUUAUGACCAGCAAAAUUCUUUAACGCAUUGGCUGCCGUGUCGGACAAUGUUGUCCGAUGCUAGCGGAGGAUUAGCCUUUAACAGUUUUUGUCGGCAGUUAAAGGCUUAAAGAACCAAGUAUUGAUAGUAAUAAAAUUUAAAGGAAUUCAAGCCUUAAUGUUAAUUGACUUUAAAUCUAUAAAGCUUAAAGAUCUUAGUAAAAGUAACAUUUGCAAGCUUUGGAUUUUAAGUACACACACAGUGAAGUGAGGGGACUAGAAUUCACUACAUGAGUAAAAUAGUGAAUCAUUAUUUAGGUAAACAACUCCGGUCUAGGUCUAUCUAAUUUUCUAAUCGAAUAGGGCUAUUAUAUUGUUUGAACUGCUGAAAUUACACACCGAUACAUAAUAUAAUAAAUAAAUCAAAGGAAAUACUACUGUGAUAUUCAUUAUUUCACACGUAAUAAUAGUGGAUUUAAAUAAAAUAUACAUUAAUGUAUGAAAAAGGCCUGUGUGGAGCUGUAAUUAGGAGCACGCUGUUUAUAAAUCACUUAUUUAUAUUUUUAGGGCUUCUGAAAUCAGGUCUCGGGCAAAUUUUAAAAGAAACCCGAUGCGUCGUUCUGCUGUCGUCGUCUUUUUUUAACUGUAUUUUAGUGUUAACUAGGGACCUGUCAAAUCGCCCGCCGUAAACUUAGGAUAGAAAAUAAUAUUUGAAGUAUAUAUAAUAUGCGACUAAUAUUGUCGCCUCCACGCAGGACUUUCCUAGAAAAUGUUUCUUUUCGCAUUCUGACAGAGCCCGCGCAGUCAGUCGACUGUCGAUCGCUCGGUACUUGUGUUAUCGAGACAGUUGACGUGCCUACGCGGGCCCUAAUUACAUUUCGUCUGAGAUCCGAUAUAACAUCGACCUUUACCGAUUUGUUUAAUGGAUAAAAAUUAUUCGAUAGGUCAUUUAAUAUACCAAAAAAGACACAAAAACCUUUUGUUGUAAAUCAAUUACAAAUUGAAAAAUCUUUUAUUUUUUAAAUCUCACUAUUGAGUUUAAUGAAAAUAUUGAACACAGUAAGUUCACAGCCUAUAGGAUAUGCAAACGGAGGGUUACCUAUAAUUUUCGUGGCGUAACGUUUGGAUUACCAUGUGUAAACACGCUGAAAUCCCGCCUGCAUCAAACUGCGGACGGACCAUAUUGGGGCCAUGAAUGCAUAGAGUGAGGGAGUUUGGGUGCCUUAGGGUGUUCCCUGAGGUAGCAUACUGGUCACGUGCUGCCGUGCAACUGCACGCCGAGGCUCAAAGGAGUCGCGCGUCUCCCUAAGGAUGUCCCGUAAACUCCAUAAAGGCGUCGCACUGUGGGGGCUCGGCAGGUUUGUUAGAGGAACCGGUGGUCACCGCGGUGGUUUUAGUGAGGUAAAAUCCCACACUUCCCAAGCUGUAAACUACAAAAAAGGUGUAAAGAGGUAUUUCGCUCGCCAAAAACACAUAUGGUGGACGCAAAAUACCGGAGUCUCCGGAGCGGCUAAAGGAGAGGCGACGUGGAUUUGAGUAUUCCCGACAGAUCAAGUAUCAGAUCUUAACAAAAAGAUUACAAAGCUGGUAAAACGUGACCUCUGAUCUCUACACGCGCAAAAACGAAGCGAUCGAGCGAUAUCGGGGGUCCAAAAUCUUCAUCCAGUAACUGGGUCGAAGCCAUCUGGCAAAGCUGACCACAUCGAGUGGGAAAGUCGUAUCUUCUGGACCGGAGAUUCCGCAGAGGUUCGGCGCUUCUACGGUGAAUUUCACGUGUUAAAAGCACCAAUGAGAUUCGGGGGAUCCCAGAGCCACACUUGGCCGCCAUUUCACCGAAGAGUUGCAAGAGAUCAGCGAGGUUGUGACCACGGUGGCUUUGGGGUAGCUUAAUAAUGGAAAAGCACCCGAAGACCAUGGAAUUACGACAGAGCACUUGAAAGCAGGUGGAAAACGGGGGCUAGAGCGACUCCGACACAUCCUCUCUUCUCAAGAAGAACUCCAAAUGCAUGGUGCAGGAGUGUUGUCGUGAUGUUCUUUUAAAAGGGAGACAAAACCCUCUUAAAGAACUAUCGACCUAUUUCCCUUCUGAGGCAUCUCUACAAAGCUGUUCCAGUCAUCAGUAAUCGUCUCGCGUGAAGACUCGAUGAUUUUCAGCCCCCUGAGCAGGCUAGUUUCCGAGGAGCCAUAUCUUCCAUACAAUGCGGCAGAUUAUACAGAAGACUGAAGAGUAUAAUCUGCCCUUAUGCCUAGCGUUUGUGGACUAUUUUAUCUAGCUAUAUUGCGUCAAAAACGUAUAUUACAUGGGUUUAUUGCAGCUGAUCCAACACUUUGUAGAAGACUUAUCUAUUCUCGAUUAUAACAAGAGACGAAAUCUUAACCUUCAAUGAUAAUUAGAAGAGAGUUGCGGGGAGGCAGUGGAUGCAGGUGGCGUGUUGUAUUUCGACAUGGAUGACUAAAAGAAGCCUUUGUCCAGCAGUGAACGUCUUUCGGCUGUUGAUAACUGUCCGAGGUCUCUCACUCUGGUCUGGCACUACCUCCUACUGCGCCCUGGACGAGAGGAGUCAUUUGAAGAAAUUAAAAUAAAAACGACUGCUAAAUCUUUUCGCAUAAUCAUCAAUAGCCUCAAAUUCUUUAUUUUAGCAAUAUUGAUCAUUAUUUUACGUCUCCUACCUCCUUUAGAAAGCAAUUAUUGUAUGAAAAUUAUGAAUCUUCUAACUGGUAUAACGUCUUCGUCUUGGAUCCUAUACCUUUACGCCAUAUUAAACUAUGCCCCAAAGGGCUAGUUCUAACGGGACGUGCCAUGGCUAAGGUCUAAAAAUUUAUGGAUUCAAAAUCUCCUUUAAAUUUUUAUUAUUCGGCAACGACAACCGUCAUUCAAGAUAGACUUAUUACAGGAAACCCUAUAUCAUUGUAUUCACAAUAAAAUCGUACUUAUUUUCAUGUUUAGAUAACAAAUAAGUGAAAAUACCUACAAGCAAAAACCUGUUUACACCUGGCAACCCAAACUUUAUACCAAGAAAAUUAUAGGCAAUCCUCUUCCGUUUGAAUAUCCUGCAGGUUGUGAACUUACCGAUAGUGCUAAUUCUUUUCGUUAAAGUCAAUGGAGAAAUAAAAACAUUAAUUAAAAAUUUUAAUUAUUACGUGGCCGAGGUUUUACCAUGUGUUUUUACUAUUUUUAAUAAACUAAAUUAUCUAUUGAAUAUGUUUUAUCCAUUAAACACAUCAGUGAAGGUCGAUGUUAUAUGGGAUCUUAGACUAAUUGUGAACUUUUUUCAUAUAGAAAUAUGACAAUUAAACCGGAUUAAAUAAAUCAGUUUCUGAUAA